UAUUGGUGCGUGUAUGAGAAGUUGUGAGAAGUCGUCUGUCUGUUAUUGUUUAGUCUAUGUUUACUAAUUAACCUUCUUUUUAAAUGGAUUUAUGAUUUAUGAAGCACAUAUAACCAUAGUCUUGCGUUCGCACAACGUUUCAUCAGAUUCCACUUCCACACUGAAUCCUGAGAGUAUUUGUAUCCGUGUGUGCGACCAUGUUUUGAAGCAGUUUUAACCUUACUCAAUCCUAUUGCAGUCAUGAAUUUUGUCAUGGAUACGAUUGAAAGUGACACGGUUAAGCCUGAUAACUUUUGUUUAAAGUGGAGUGAUUACCAGUCUCACGUGUUAAGUGUGUUAGUUCAACUUCUAGAAGCGGAAUCCAUGGUCGAUGUUACAUUGUGUACCUCCAAUGGAUACAAGCUCCAUGCGCAUAAAAUUGUUCUAUGUGCUGCUAGUCCUUACUUUGAGGGGAUUUUCUCCGAUUCAGCAGAAAGCCACCCAAUUUUGAUCCUUAGUGAAGUGAACCCAGAAGCACUUCGAUGCAUCCUGGAUUUUGUUUACCAUGGAGAACUUAAUGUACAAGCAGCACAGCUGACAGAAGUUCUUCAAGUGGCAGCUGCUUUACAAAUUCGAGGAUUAAUGGAGGUGUGUGAUCAACUUCCUCAACUCGUGCCGUCUCAAGAUGAAGAUUUCACCGAUUCUAGCAAGAAUUCACUUCCCAAUACGUGCUCAAAAACUAUGACAGAAGCUCCAUAUUCUUCGGGCACAGAUGCACAAACAACUUCAGAUUUUGACUAUGAAAACACUGCAUCUAUCCAAGAGGAGAGGGAAGAACAUUGUGUUGAACAGGCACAAAAUGGAAAGAAACAAAAAACACAGGACAGUUGUUCAACAAAUAACAGCACUCUCAAAGAAAACUCUAAUAAUGAUUGUCAAAACUGGUCGAUUGAUACUGAUGCUUCAUUUGAAAAUGAUCAGAUUCAGGAGCACAAAAGAAGAAGACGCAGGGAAAGUUGUAGGAAGGAGUACAGUGAGGAACAGCUUGCCGCUGCUUUAAAGGACUUAAAGUCGGGUCAACUUCUACGAGAGACUGCAACCAUUCACAAUAUUCCACGAUCUACUUUAUAUGUUCGGGCUAAAGCAGAGGGAAUUCCAAUCACAGUCACAAGACAAGAACACUCUGGAGAAAAUGUGAAUGCUGCAGUUGAGGCAGUGAACAGAGGAGCUAGCUUUCAUCAAGCAUCAGAAAUGUAUCAAAUACCAAAAACAGUUUUGUGGCGACGAGUUCGUGCUGCAGGUGGGAGUACUGGACGGAUGUGCUCUAAACGACAAAGUUAUGGACCUUCACAUUGGCAAGCAGCUGUUCAGGCUCUUCAAGAUGGCCAAAAUCUAUCUAAAGUUUCUGCUGAGUUCCAUAUUCCAAAAACAACUCUUUUCAGAGAGAAAGAGCGCCUUGUACAGGCUGGAAAACUGCCCUGGACUAGUCUUAAAAAAAGAGACCCUCAACUUCAUUCAACCAAAAAUUCAAGGCUAAAAGAAGCUGUAGCUGCAUGCCAAGAAGGUAAAAUGUCACAAACAGUGGCAUCCAUAACUUAUCAGGUUCCUAAGACUACUAUUUGGAGAAGGUUGCAGAGAGGAUUAUCACAAAACUCUGAUGACCCAGUUAAAACUGUAAGAUCAGUUGAAGUCAGUAAUGCAGUUGUGAAUAAUGCUUGUGACACACUUCCAGAACAAGCACAGUAUUCUUUUAUUGAGAGCAACAAUCAUCUGCCUGUUACGUACAUUGUUGAAGAAGACUUUUCCUCUGCAUCCCUGAUAAUUUAAUGUUUUGCAUUUUAAUUAGUAAGGCAUCCAUCACCAUACAUGAGUUAAGUCAAAUGUUCAUGUGGAGUGUUCUUUUCAUCUGUGAUAUUCAUUUGCACUACAGUAUUUUAAUUUAUUUAGCUGUGUCUUUUAUUUCCAAGCUCAAGUCAGCUGAGGAUUAAAAAUUUGGUACAUAAUAAUUGCUGCCUUUGAAAUAAAAUAAAUUUUAUUUA